GAAAAAUUAUUACAAUAGAAACAUGAAGCUAAACGUUGCUUAUGAAUACAUAAUGAAUGAAGAAAAUAUAUUAGAUACACCAAUGAUGACUGCUACGUCCAACGGUGCGACAGAAUAUUCACUCACGACGACGUCCCCAACCACCCAAAAAACGGUUACAGAGGUUCACCGAACCGGAAUUAUCCCCACAGGGGAUCGCCGAACUGAGUCCAUCGUGAGCGACAACACUGGAGUUGCCCUCUCGAUUGUAUUUGGAGUUAUUGCUUUGAUUGAAGGUGUUGCAGUAUUGGUUUUGGUCACUCAAAGAUUAAAAAGCAAGAAAACUACACAAAAGUGUAGCAGUGAUAUUCAACAUUCACACCACGAAAACAAUAUAUAUGACAACGCCCACGACGAACCAGACCUGGAUAUCGUAAUCGAACAAGACAAUGCAGCCAACUUCAUUGAAAAUCCAUACAACAUGAUGAAUCAGGAUGAAAUUGUCAUCAAUGAACUAUAUACAAUGACUUAAUCAUGCCGUCACAAACGCACUACGGAUUAGGAGACG